GAUGUUACGGUAAUGUUAGGGUAGAUAGUUUCGGACGAUGUAGACAUUAAUGUUAGGGUAGAUAGCAGUUGAUAUUGGAAGAUUCGAAUUGUUAUCGCAGUUGCUUCUCGUGUGAAAUUUCUGUGAAUCAAUGUAGUCAAGUGUCUAUAAACUCUGAAACUUGCGUUCCCUAAUGUUCAAAUGUACAAAUUUUCAAGUCUUCCUUAAAUUCUAAGGCUAGUGUUAAAUUGAAAUGUAUCUUUAAUUGCGUCCAACUGGGACACGCGGUGAUAUUGAAAGAUUAGAAUUAUUAUCGCAGUUGCUUCUCAUGUGAAAUUUCUGUGAAUCAAUGUAGUCAAGUGUCUAUAGACUCUGAAACUUGCGUUCGCUAAUGCUUAAAUGUAUAAAUUUUCAAGUCUUUCUUAAAUUCUAAGGUUUUACUGUUAAAUUGAAAUGUAUCUUUAUUUGUGUCCAACUGGGACACGCGGUGAUAUUGAAAGAUUCGAAUUGUUAUCGCAGUUGCUUCUCAUGUAAAAUUUCUGUGAACCAUUGUAGUCAAGUGUCUAUAGACUCUGAAACUUGCUAAUUCACUAAUGCUUAAAUGUACAAAUUUUCAAGUCUUCCUUAAAUUCUAAGGUUUUACUGUUAAAUUGAAAUGUAUCUUUAUUUGUGUCCAACUGGGACACGCCGUGAUAUUGAAAGAUUAGAAUUAUUAUCGCAGUUGCUUUUCAUGUAAAAUCUCUGUGAACGACCGUUCUCCAUGUAGUCAAGUGCCUAUAGAUUCUAAACCUUCCUAAUUCGCUAAUGUUCAAAUGUACAAAUUUUCAAGUCUUCCUUAAAUUCUAUUCAUUUAGUAUUCAAUUUAAAUGUAUCAAAUUUAGUUGCGUUCAACUGGUACACGUGGAAUUGAAGUGCAUCAUUGAAGUUAACCUGAUAUAUUGAAGUCAAUAUAAUAUAAAAUUGAAUGAUGUUAAUAAUAGAGUGUCGAAAUAAUCUUAAUUAGUGAAAUGUAAUAGCGAUCAGGUAGCUUAAUCCUAAGAUCCCUGAAUGUUUGAUAGCAUGUUCAUUUAGGUAUUUCGAGAUGAAAGAGUAGUCCGGAAUGUGGGCCACGAUCGAAAGGGAAAGAAACGAGCCUCUCAGGGGUUGCACUUGUUCCCGCGGUACUUUUCAAACACUUCUGUUCCGAGGUGCCCUCACCACUGUCCUCUCUGUUUUUUGCCGCUCGUUUCUUACCUCGUCACGCACACUCCUUCCUCUUUCUCCGUUGCUCUUCGACCACUUGCAGCUGCGCAAAAUCGUGCGAGAAACAGCGAAGCACACCCUCCUGCAGCUGCAGUUGGCAAUGCGAGCGCCGAGGAUCGUGAACGUUGGUCUUCUUCCUGGACCCGGUGCUCGCUUUUCUUUCGAGUCUAUCGAGGAGUCUACCGAAAAGAGUUUCGCGUAUCUGACAAUGGACAUUCGUUCGUUUUUGAAAACUCUGGUACUUCAGAAUAUCGACGCCUUUCUCUUGAUUUUAAAUCAUCGAAUUUUCGUGGGAUAGUUCUUAAUGUUUUAUUAGGAUUUUUUAAUCAAGUGAAGCUCGUGUUAAGAACGAAUGUGUAGUUAAGUAAACGUGUAUCAACGUAUGGGACACCAGUGGGCGAAGUCUCAUUUUUGACCCUUUCCUGGGACCAUUAUUUUGUCCAAGUAACAUUUCACCAAAACGAAUUAUGAUACACGUGUCGUCGGAGAACGCUCAACGAUACGACCGGGUAAAGCGAAAAGGCGCAGCGUUUCUUUCCAACUUUUUUAAGACGAAAAAACUUACAUUAGGGAUGAAGAUCAACGAGGACGAAGAGAUGGAACGUGCUCCAAAAGUCGAGACUCCUGCAAUCAUCACGAACGCUUGCAGGCGUAGCGGCAGCGAGAAUGACACCCAGGUGUCGAGAAUUCCGUCGACCUUGAGCGUGGCAGCCGUCGACGUAGUCGUCGCUUGUCAGCCAUCACCGUCGCACUCUAUUUUAACCUUGACACCUGGCAGAACGCGGAACAUCGAUCAGGACAUGGAGGCACUUAGGCUCAGCCGACAGGAUAACCCUUUCUUAGAGAUUCUGGCAAGUCGGGAAAGCCUCGUGGAGUCCUUGGGAGAAUCCGAGUCAGACGACGCCAUUCUGAUGUCUCAGGAGUUGGGUGACACAGAUCCUUUGACGUUGGCACAGGUGCACGAACACUUGGUUCGCAGUCCACCGCCCGCUUCGUGGCCCCACACGACAGCCUUCCACUUUCCCCAUCACAAUCAGAACAUGUCCGACAAGAAUGACGUCCUGGCACACUACAAAAGUCCGUCGAAGAUACCGAUGUACUCGAGCAACGAUCAGGAGCUGUCCAGAAGCGAACCAUCCACGGAUAUAAGAGAUCGCCAUUCGCACACGUUUUCUUUGCUGCAUCCGACGCCGAUUCGAUCAUUAUCGGACGUUCGUCGGCUUCACAGAUCGGCGGACGAUAGCGUGCAGCUGAUGUCGAGCGAAUAAGAUGCACGCGUGUCCGCGACCCGGACAAAAUGGUUUCUCAUCUUCAGAAGGAAGCGUGCUUCGACGCCUGUUCUCGGAUUUGUCGAGGAGUGUUUGCCAAGGAGGCACUCGACAACGUCUCGAGGCAGGUUCACGUAUAAUCGAAGUGCGUCGAAUCGAGUCCCUACACGUAGGGAAGAAAACAUUGUUGCGCCUCUUCGAGGAUCGAAGUUGAUAAGCAACGCGAAAUCGAGGUUUAUCAUUGUUGCGAAACGUGCUGUGUUGUUGUGCACCGUACACAUUUUUUAGGUCAUCUUUUAUUCGCAUCGGAGGCUUCGAUAUUUCAAACACCAAUAUCGAUAUUGUAGAAAGGGAAAUUCAGAAUUAAAUCACGGACUUAAAUGAAUAAGUAUCCACGCUGAAUAUAUGAAUAUUUGCGGUAUACGGGCUUCUGAUAAACAGUCAAUGCAUUGUAGGUAAUUCGUACGAUCCCGUAACCUUUCUGACGGAGAUCUUUGCCGAAGAUCUACCCUUCCUGUUGUCGAAGUACACGAAUAUUUAUUCGAACCGAAGUUAAUGAAAAUUUGGAUUAAGGGAUCAAGCAUGAGUGAAACGAAAUAUGACACGAAAAGCUACACCCGCUCAUUGAUUUGCGUCUUGACUUUGUACAAUAGAUCUGCGGAAAAUUUGAAGUAUUGUCAAUGUCCAAAUUCCUUAAUUAAAAACUUCGAAACCCGUUUAUCCGCUGCGUAGAAACGGGAAUCAGAUUACACGGUAGUGCCGAAGUGUGCGAACGUCUCGGUAAAGGAUGUAGACAUUAAUCUACAAAGAAAUUUGCAAGUUAAUGAGCAAGUGUAGCCUGCAAAUUUCUCGUGACACAUAAACGACUUUAUUUGCGAAAUGACAAUAUGACGUUAUUAUCAACCGAGCCUAGCAUACAAUUAUUGAUUACUACCCAACACAUGAACAGACAAGGCCUACGUUCGACUAUGGACAGUUAUCUUUAUUGUCAGUCAAAUGGAGAACUUACAGCACUGUAUUUUAACCACAACGCCGAAUAAUUAAGGAAAUAUGCGCGCGUGUUUCGAGUCAAUUCACGUAUACAAAUACGCGUAUUUACUUCUAAUGAGUUUCGCUCACGAAAGUACGAGGGACAGUCGUAAAGUUCUUUACGUCCUAUAAUUAUUGUAAUCGCGAUACUAGUCACGAGUAUUUCAUUGUUGUUAUUGAUUUGGUGUCCACUCUUUUAUUAAUCGUACCAGGAACAUUGCGACUAAUUAGUUCUUAAAAGAUAACGACUAACAAUAAGUUAUGUAACUCGAUUUGAAGCUGUAAACACUAUCAAUUUCAUUUACAUCUCAAUUUGCAUCGUAAGACCUUUUAAAAAUAGCAACAGGUGUUACUUUGUAAUGCCUCGUAAAUUCCAACAACUGCGUUUAAUAAGUUGGUAAAUAUAUAGUACUUAAAAGAUGUUGUAUAAAAAGUAAGCUUAUGUUGCUAAGUAUUCUGCACAAAUUGCUUAUGCAAACUUUCGAUUACGACGGUUAUUUUAUUAAUGUCAUAUAUUUUUGAAGAAAAGCGCCGAUGCGCCAAAUGUACAGGCCUGAAUAACAGUAAAAGUAAUCGUAAGUUUAAAUCAUAGGUUUUUACGCAAAGAUACGUUUGUCAAUUGAAAGCGUAACAUUGUGUUUUUUAAGAUUGUAACAUUAUUUCGAACGAGCACAAAUACUAUUUGAGCGCACAUAACGUAUACGCAUGAAAGAUAAAUUUCUUGUUCCAUUGUCGAAUUGUUUGAACAGAAUUGGCCACACGUGAUUGACGCAAUUUUAGCAGGGUUUAUACGAAACUUUAAAAACGAUAGCAUGUAAGAAGGAGAAUCUAGAAAAUGACAAUUAUUAUUAUAAAGGUGUUUAGUCCGAACUUUCGGAUUCUACGCACCCUUAAUUAUUACUAUUACUAUUAUAGUGUCCACAGUACUGCCGCUAGCGUCGAGGGGCACCGAAAUUUUCUAAAUUCUCAAAUUUCUAACUUACUAAAUUCUUUCCAAAAUCCCAAAUUUUGGGAAACACCUGUUUCUGUAUUGUCACCUGAUACAUUUCCAUCCGUAGAAAUAGAGAGUUGUCGGUGCCUAUCACUGAUCUAACGCAGCGUGAACUCUAGCGGUGGCCCUGAGUGCCCAAUUGACUUGGCCAUUGAGAAUUGAGAUUAUUUCUAUCAUAUGUAAUACUAUUAGACACACUGUACACGUACGUUAGAAGUUCGAAACGAGUUAAAAUCUUCGAUCGAAAGCCAAACGAACAAAAACAUGAAAAACGCAAAAAAACUAGUAGAGAGACUUAUAAUAAUAUAAUCUAGUCGAAUGUAAUGUAUAUGCCGAGGACUGCGUUGUCACUUUUAUGCGAAUAUUAAAUACGUGUUCGCGUAAUUAUUCGAAUGUUGGAUAAUCGAUAACGAUGACGUUAUCAUAUGAAUAUUAUUGAUAAGGAAGCUGAUGUUACUUUUAUUAAAGAGCGAUAUUGAAUGUUACAGUAAACUCUCGAUUUUAUGGAUCUUAAUUAAAUUUAAUAAACUGAAAGAUAACGUUUUUCCUAUCAUUAGACUGACUGAAUUUGUUUUCAGAACCUUGAUCAGUCAAUGUAUUAAUCCUUAAAGUUAAGGGUUUACUGUAUUUAUAGAUUCAGUUUAGAUAUUUUGUAUUCCAAUGACAUUUGGAAAUUGCUUAUGAAUUCAAAAAAUUGCACAAGUACAUUUUCAUUUAGGAUUAAUGUGAAAUUAUA